CAACUGUUUCCACCUUGUAACGAGUCUUUUUGAUGCUGCCAUCUCUCUUUUUUUCAAUCCAAUGGUUGAUUGGCUAACAAAGACAAGUCAAAGCAAAUAGGCCGAAACCAACACAAACCCUCACAGACAUUUCAAUCUUAGGGUUUCUUACCAACAUUGUCUUGUGCUUCCUCUACCGCCGUCGUCAUCGCGCAAAUUCUGCUUCCUCUGCCGCCGUUGUCAUCGCGCACCACGACGCCACCACCGAUCAUUAAUCUUCUCGUCAGAAGCAUCCAGUGGAGCUACGUAAUGUUCUGAUCAGAAUCUGUUAACAAACCAGGGCUUCAAGACUUAGUGAGAAAAAAACCAAGAGUCUAGGAGUUCAUUUCACUUUUUCCAUUUCUUUGGUUUGAGGUUUGUUGUAUGAGUAGGCUGAAACUCCUGUUUGAAUGGUGGAUAUUUAAGAUCUUUGUUGAAAUUUUUGGUUGAUGAUGGCCUGCUCAGAACCUGUGAGUUCAGUGGGAGAUAAUAUGUCAGUGUCUGCUGCACCCAGGAAGCCUAGGAUUUUACUUGCUUCUAGUGGGAGUGUUGCUGCUGUUAAAUUUGCCAAUCUUUGUCAAUGUUUCUGUGAAUGGGCCGAAGUAAGAGCAGUUGCCACAAAUCCAUCCUUGUAUUUUAUUGACAGAACAGCGAUUCCCAAGGAUGUGAUUUUGUAUACGGACAACGAUGAAUGGUCUAGUUGGAAGAAACUAGGCGAUAGCGUGCUUCACAUUGAGCUUCGCAAAUGGGCUGAUAUCAUGGUCAUUGCUCCAUUAUCGGCAAACACUCUUGGCAAGAUUGCUGGAGGGUUGUGUGACAAUCUACUGACAUGUAUCGUCCGUGCCUGGGACUACAGCAAGCCAUUCUUUGUUGCACCUGCCAUGAACACUUUUAUGUGGAACAAUCCUUUCACAGAGAAGCAUCUCAUCUCUAUUGACGAGCUUGGUAUUUCCCUCAUUCCACCUGUUACAAAGAGGUUAGCUUGUGGGGAUUAUGGCAAUGGUGCAAUGGCUGAACCUUCUACCAUUUACUCCACUGUAAGGCUCUUUUAUGAGUCAAAGGCUCAGCAAGGUAAUGGCCGUGUUUAAUAGUGUUAGUUAUUCAUAUUCAUAGUUCACACUAUUAGAUUGAUCUUGAAUUCAGUAUGUUGUUAUGAUUGUCUCCUCCAUUAUGAUCUGGAACAUUGUUGAAGGUUUAAAAUGAGCAACUUAUUUCUCCUUUGGAACCUUGGCUGGAUGAAGACUCUCCAGAAGCUUGUGUUGAAGCACGAGACAAAGGAUUUGAGCCUACUUGAACCCAUCUCUACACAAAGCUACAUAUGAACCCAAAAAAUGGUCUAUAUAUUUCCAUGCCUACCAAAACAUUGAAACUCUCUAAUAAUUUAAUUGAUUUUUAAAUUGUAACAUGUAUAUAUGUGUAUAAUGUUGUGACAAUAUUAUUUUUCUACAAAAUCAAGAUAGUGCUGAAAACGUUAUGUUUAGAGAACUAAUGUAAUUAAACACCUUUGGUGAUGAUAAGAUCGUUAAGUUAGUUUUAUAAAAAAAAAAAAAGUAACUAAGGGCAUGAAACAAA